UCUUUCCGGUUAGCUUCCCGUGCCUUCAUGGUCCACAUUUAGCUAACUGUUUGUCUUUCGAUAUACUAUAUUGUCAGAGUUACUGUUUUGUUUAUAUAAGUAAGUACAAACAUGGCAGAGGCAAUUCAAAAGAAACUGAAAGCUGAGUUAGAAAAAUAUACUCAGAUGCAAAAAGAUGUCAGCAAGAGCAUGUCAGCUCGACAGAAGCUGGAGACGCAGCUGACAGAAAACAACAUCGUCAAAGAGGAGCUGGAUCUACUAGACAGUGCAAACACAGUCUACAAACUCAUUGGCCCUGUUCUGGUGAAACAAGACUUGGAUGAGGCCAAAGCUACCGUGACAAAAAGGCUGGAAUACAUCAACGGAGAGAUUCAGCGGUACGAGACGCUUCUGAAAGACAUGGAGAAGAAAUCAGAACAGCACCGAGAGCUUUUGUCCAGUUUACAGCAGGAGUUUCAGAAAGCUCAAGGCCUCGCUGUGGGAAAAGUCUGACCCAGUGAAGAACCUCAGCACACACACACACACACACACACAACACAUAGCUCAGUUGUAGGAGUCCAUGCCAAUGAAAUGUGCUUGUACAUGCAUUUACAGCUUUUUUUCUGUUGGUUUUUUUUUUUUUUUUCAUGAAACUCUUUCUCGAAUUUUUAGCACAAAAUGAAGGCCAACACAAAGGUUUUAACUACACUGGCUGCAUGCUGAUGGGAACUGAUGGAUCUACUGCAUCCACUACACUAUCAUCAUCAUCAUCAUAUAUACAGUGCAUAACACCUGCAAAUCUUUUAAGGAGGAAAAUUAAACAACCGUACCAAUCAAAAUACAUGCAUUUAUUUGUGGUGGCCUGCCAGAAAUAGAUUUGGCGCUACCCGUUUGCCCUCACUCAUAAACAUGUUGUAAUGGGACCGUCUCUGAAUCAAUACAGCUCUGUGCAGUCGAUGGCAUCGGAAUUGCUUCUCAACACGUCAUAUGCACCUGGUCUGCUGGGGAAAAAAUGGUCAAAAAUUAGGCAUGAAUGGCGGUAAUGAAGUGGACUUAACACAUGCGCUUCAUGGCAAGCCGUGCGACUCUGUUAUGGCGGCAGAUGGAGGCACAGUGUAGCAUCACCAGAGUCUGACGCUCUUUUAUAACGUUAUUCUGACCUGAACACACCCACAGCAGUGCGAUUGAAGCACCGUAUAUACCUGUACGUAUCUCCAACUCAGAAACACCUCUCCUGUCCAUUCAUCCUGUGAACAACACUUACUCAUUCUCGAGGUGCAUUCAGGGACAGUCCAAUCUCCAAACAUCACAACAAUAUUUUUAUGAUAAGCCGAAACGUAAAUUCAACUGAAAUGACGUAGUGUCUUUGAAUGCAACUUUGGUUGCUCCUAAUAACGCCAUUAAAGUGUGAUUCAUAACAGUAUGUUCUGCUACUAUUAAAGAGACUGUAGGAAAACAUAUUUUGAGGCAUGUUGUCUUUUAGGUGCAUUUGGAGCUGUUCAUGCAUACAAAUAUACAGUAUACUGUAUUAUCCUGUCGUUUGUCUUUGUGUUCAUAAAAUACAGUAAAAAUGGGCGUAUUUCAGACAUACAGUAGUUGCACAUGGUGGUUAAUCGUGAUUGAUCCAUUUGAUUAAUCUGAUUUAAAAAUGGAAUCAUUUGACAGCCCUAAAAAAACACAAAAAGUGACAGAAGAAAUGUAGUUCUGAACUUAUUUGCUUUGCUUUUCAUGCUUUUCGCUCACUUUUUGUCUCCCAUAGCAUCAAUAAAACACAUGCGCCACGA